CUUCCAUUGAGAAAGAAAAAAGAAAGCUAGAAUCUGUAAACUCAAAAAUUAAAUUCUAAAAGACUUCCCAACAAAACAACUAAACUCGUUCGACAUAAAGACUCCUGUCCUUGGAUUCGUUGUCCACUCACUUCCGUCCAUAUACACAAUCACAAAGACCCAACCAGUCGAGACUCAGUUGAGACUUUCAAACUCCACUUACAGCAAAAUGGCACCUACACCUUGCUUUCGGUGUCAGAGCAACCGGGCUGUUGUAAAGCGACCCAAGAACCAUCAUAAGCUGUGCCGAGACUGCUUCAUCAGAGUGUUCGAGGAUGAAGUCCAUCACACAAUCAUAUCAUCAGACCUCUUCUUUCCCGGCGAAAGAGUUGCUAUUGGUGCUUCGGGUGGCAAGGAUUCAACAGUGCUGGCAUCAGUAAUGAAGACUUUGAACGAACGACAUAACUAUGGACUUGACCUAGUACUCUUGAGUGUCGACGAGGGCAUCAAGGGAUAUCGGGACGAUUCCCUAGAGACAGUCAAGCGAAAUGCUGUUCAAUACGACAUGCCCCUGGAAAUUGUUGGUUACGAUGAACUGUACGGAUGGACCAUGGACCAAGUUGUCGAAACUAUUGGAAAGAAGGGAAAUUGCACAUAUUGUGGUGUUUUCAGACGACAGGCCCUUGACCGAGGAGCCAAGAAGCUGGCCAUUCAGCAUGUCAUUACCGGCCACAACGCUGACGAUGUUGCCGAGACCGUUCUCAUGAAUCUAUUGCGAGGCGACAUGCCACGCUUGUCCCGAAGUACCAGUAUUGUUACCGGAAACGCAAGCAGUGAGGUCAAGAGGAGCAAGCCUCUCAAGUAUGCAUACGAGAAGGAGAUCGUGCUCUACGCACACCACAAGAAGCUGGACUACUUCAGCACGGAGUGUAUUUACAGCCCCGAGGCUUUCAGAGGAACAGCACGUGGACUUAUCAAGAACCUGGAGAAAGUGCGGCCAAGUGCAAUUCUCGACAUUGUACGAAGUGGAGAGGACAUGGCUCGACUUACACCAGACAAGGGCCAAGCUGCGUGUGGUUGCGACGAAGGCGAGGGACUUGGAGGGUGCGGAUCAGCCAACGGGCGGACUUCUGGUAACGAGAUGGCCCAGGUCGAGGCCAGCCUGAAGGAAAAGCACGAGUCGGCAGCUCUCGAGACAGAGAUUACAUCCAAUGGAACACCCAAGGACGACGCAGUUCCCUUGCCAGUAAGGACUAAGAAGCAAAAGGAGACACCUGCACCAAAACAGAACCUAGGGAAGUGUGUUAAGUGUGGUUACAUGUCGAGUCAGACCAUGUGCCAGGCUUGCACAUUAUUGGAGGGUCUGAAUAAGAAUAGAGCAGAGAUAGCGAUAUAAUGGAUACCCUUGCUGUCAAGACCAGUGCUUCUCUCGUUCCAAUACCCCAUGGCUCGAACAAGAUACUUUGUACGAAAUUGCUUUAUUCUUUCUCUUAGCCACUGUCCAUCUGUCUUGUAGGCUCCAAUGCCUUGCCACUAGUAUUCCAGAUAUAUGUAUUUACAAUUGCAGUUUUGGGCUGUCGUCUCUGGUCACCUGCCCUCGGUUCCAUAUUGCUGUUUAAGAAAAGCGCGUCUCC